GAUUAGCACCGUAGCUGUCCGUCCCCACAUCCCCCAAACGGGAAAAACGAGCAUAUUCACAACGGUCGGCCAACGAGGAUGAUUUCCCAGAGCGUUUGACCGGUUGUAUGAUCCCAUGAGGAAAUUAAGGAGAUUUUCAGAAAAAGAGACAAAGAUUCGACAUGGGUUUCUCCAAAGACAAUCUUAAAGGCGUUCUUCUGGCUUUGCUUUCAAGUGGCUUCAUCGGGGCAAGCUUUAUCAUCAAGAAGAAAGGCCUCAGAAAAGCCGCAGCUGCUUCUGGAGUCAGAGCUGGGUAUGGCGGGUAUUCUUACCUCUUGGAGCCUCUUUGGUGGGUGGGAUUUAUUACCAUGAUCGUUGGAGAGAUUGCAAACUUCGUUGCAUAUGCAUUUGCUCCAGCUGUUCUUGUUACCCCUCUCGGUGCGUUAAGUAUAAUUGUCAGUGCUGUGCUUGCGCAUUUUAUCUUGAAGGAGAGGCUGCACCGCCUUGGAGUUUUGGGCUGCGUAAUGUGCAUUUCCGGGUCAGUCAUAAUUGUUAUCCAUGCACCACAGGAACAUUCUAUCACUUCAGUUCUUGAAAUAUGGAGCAUGGCAACUCAACCAGCUUUCUUGCUUUAUGUGGGUUCAGUGAUUGUUCUGGUUUUCAUACUGGUCUUCCAUUUUGUGCCACAAUGUGGGCACACGAAUGUGCUAGUUUUCACGGGCAUUUGUUCAUUGAUGGGUUCUCUCUCGGUGAUGAGUGUUAAAGCCCUAGGAACUGCUCUGAAGUUAACUUUUGAGGGGAAGAAUCAGUUAAUCUAUCCAGAGACGUGGUUUUUUAUGUUGGUUGUAGCUACAUGUGUCAUCACCCAAAUGAAUUAUCUGAAUAAGGCACUUGACACAUUCAACACUGCGGUUGUGUCCCCUAUUUAUUACGUCAUGUUUACCACGCUGGCAAUCAUUGCCAGUGUCAUAAUGUUUAAGGAUUGGGAUGACCAAAGUGGGGCAGCCAUCAUAUCAGAAAUAUGUGGAUUUAUUGUUGUAUUAUGUGGAACCAUCGUAUUGCAUUCGACGAGAGAGUUUGAUAGAAGCUCGUCUUUUCGAGGUAGUUAUAUGCCUGUGUCGCCUUCAUUAUCUGCGCGACUUUGUAAUGGGAAUGGAGAAUUAUUGAAGCAUGAAGAAGAAAACGGCUCACCUUCUGAGGAAAUUUGCUUAAGAAGACCAGAAUUGUACUAGAUCGUAUCUCCUAGGAUGACACCAUCCCAUUCCAUCAUGGGCAAGGAAGAAGUAGCAGAAGUUGCCCCGUUCUGGUCAAGUCCAGAUAUAAAAUGGCCGAAGCAGCAGAAGUUGUUCAGGUGGUGGACGUUUCUCAACUGCUAGUGGUUUUGCUGUGUAGACUAGAGGGAGGACAAAUGGAAUGACAAUUUAUGCUGAGUUUCGCCAGGGCUUCAUAUACAGUUUGUCCAAGAUUCCUGACUUUAAUGGGUGGUUUGUUCACUCUAUGAAAUAAGGAAAUAUAGCUUUAAAAUCAGAUGAAGCACCAACAGACACCUGGAUUUAUAAAGGCUGGACAUUGUCCUUACCAAGAUUAUGAACUGCGGUGAAAACUGAUUUACGGAGCCCAGGUCAGUUGAGAUGUUGGAAGUUCCUACACAAUUUUUCAGGUGUCUUCGGAAAUAGAUUAUGGUAGCUUUCGCUUGAUUCUUUUUUUCUUUUGGAAGAGGGUGUGGUGGUACGUUCUCUGUUUUUAUGUCUCUUAUUCUUUUAGCUAUUACAUGACACGUCUAUGUAGAGUUGUUAUCAGAUUUUGAUUGUACCUUUUGAAGAUUGACCGAGUUGGAUCCUGAAAUCUUUUUAGGGAUGCAAUAUAACUUGAUGUUUGUGGGGGCCAAAA